AUGAGAACUACUAGUGGUGAAAUAGUGGAGACUCUACCAAGAUCCUUUCAGGUACAUAGUAAAAUAUGCAUGGAAUUGAUGAGAAUAUUGGAUGAUAUCAUGAGGAUAUUUCCAGAUAUAGAGGAUGCAAGACCAAAAUGUUCAUCAGGAAUAGAAUCUCUGGUUUAUCUGAACAACUCAAUUCAGAAAGCUAAACUACUUCUACAACAUUGCUCUGAAUGUAGCAAACUCUACCUGGCAGUGACAGGAGAUACAGUACUUUUAAGAUGCCAAAAAGCAAAAAAGUCAUUAGAACAAAGCUUAAUUCCCAUUCAGGGUAUGGUUCCAGUUGUGUUGGCUGUUGAGGUUUCUAGAAUAGUCGAUGAUCUUGAGCGUGCUACAUUUGUUCUGGACUCUGCUGAAGAAGAGGCUGGGAAAGUUUUAACAGAAUUGCUUCAGCAAGGUACUUCGAACUUGGUUUCAGCGGAAGAUUUUGAACUUAAAGCUCUUCAGUUUGCAGCACCGAGGCUGAAUAUAACAUCACAAAAGGCCUUAUUAAUCGAGGGACGGUCUAUUAAAAAUUUGCUAGAUAAAAUUGGACCAAAUGACCAGAAAAAGACAUCGAUCUUGAGAUAUCUUAUGUAUCUAUUGAAAAAACAUGGAAAAUCCAUGGUGGUGGGAGAACACAUGGAGAAGGUUUAUUCUCGUAGCAAAGAACCGACUGCAAAGGAUAAUAACUCUAAUUGCCAUUCGCUACGAAGCAAUCGUGUUGAGCUGGAUCCUAACUCGGAAUAUGAUCAGUGUAGAACUCACAUGAGUGAGUUGGAUACAGGGAUACCACCCGAGGAAUAUAAGUGUCCAAUAUCCUCAAGAUUGAUGUAUGAUCCUGUUAUCAUUGCUUCUGGAGUAACAUAUGAAAGAAUGUGGAUAACAAAGUGGUUUAAUGAGGGUAAAACUACAUGUCCAAAAACAGAAAAUGAACUACCUCAUAUGACAUCGACUCCAAAUGUUGCCAUGAAGGACUUAAUAUCAAAGUGGUGCAAGAAUAGUGGUGUUUCCAUUCCUGAUCCAAGCAGACACGCAGAAGAUUUUCAGUUGUUGGAUGCUUCAAUCACCUCCAUUAAGAGUUUAGGAAGUUAUUUCAAUGAUUUGAACUUGCCACUGGAUCUUAGUAUCAUGUCACUUGGAUCAUUGGAUACUAGUUUUACUUCAGAUGCGUCACGAGGUAAGACCAAUCAUGACUUGAAUUUGAUGAUGAGCAAGGCUAGUGAAGACUCUCACAAGCAUAGAGAUCAUGCACCAGAGAUACCUGAUACAGAUUUGAUGCUCUUGCCUAAACUUCAUGAUCUUCAAUGGGAUUCUCAAUGUAAGGUCAUUGAAGAUUUGAAAGAUCGUUUGAAAAGCAAUAGCCAAGCUAUUUUGUCUGUGUCAGCUGAAAAAUUAGUUGAACCACUAGUCAAAUUUUUGGGCAAUGCAAAUGAUCUGCAGGACGAAAAAGCACUGAGAUCUGGAACUCAGCUUCUGUUGGAAUUUGUGAAUAGCUGCAGAAAUGGUAUGGAUAAUUUAAGUGAAGAUACAUUCAUCAUGUUGGCAAGUCUUCUUAAUUCAGAAGUGAUAGGAGAAGUACUUGCCAUAAUGGAAGAACUAUCUGGAAAUAGCAAAUCCAAAAUUGAAGCAUCAAGUGCACUCACUUCUGUCUUAAAAUUACUUGAUUCUGAUAACAGAGGGUUCCAACAACAAGCUAUAAGAAUAUUAUACAAUUUUUCCUUCAAUAGUGAAGUUUGUCUGCACAUGUUAUCGCACAAUUGCAUCCAGAAAUUGCUUCCAUUUUUCAAAGAUAGAGCCGUCUUGAGAUACUGCAUAUACAUAUUGAAAAACAUAUGUGACACAGAAGAGGGUAGAAAUUCAAUUGCAGAAACAAAGGGAUGCAUAGCUUCUAUUGCUGAAAUACUUGAGACUGGAAGUAAUGAGGAGCAAGAACAUGCACUUUCUGUUCUUCUAUCUCUAUGUUCAUGCUCUAAAAGUGUGGAUUAUUGUAAGUUGAUUUUGGAUGAAGAGAUUAUUGCUCCUCUUUUCUAUAUCUCACAGAAUGGAAAUGAUAAAGGAAAAGAAAGUGCCGUGGAAUUGCUUCAUCUUUUGCGAGAUGCAGAGUAUGUUGAGAAUGAGAAUAACAGGCCCUCUCAACCAAUUACCAACAACACUUUUGAAGAUUCCAACAGUCACACAGAAGAAAAUAGAACAACAAAAAGAUCAAAAUUUCUGAAGAAACUAGGAUUGUUCUCAAAGCCUAGUUCACAUGCAUUAAAAACCAAAAGGUGA